AUGACUGGUGAGGUUCCUGGUACUUCUGGUCGACAGUUUUGCAGAGAUACAACCAAUGAUGUUCGAAGUGACAGAAAAGUUGUUAACGAAAAUGUGACUAAUAUUUGUCUACAGACCGGUGAGGAAUUUUCAACGGAGUUUCUGCAGGAUCGUAUUGCACAAAGAAGAUUAGCCCCUGUACUGACUGGCAUUGAUCUGCGCCAGUCGGAAAGGUUGGGUUCUAAUAUAAACCAAAACCCUAAACUGCUUUACGAUGAUCUUGGUGGCGUUAUGGGGAUGAAGAGAAUAGAUUCCGAUUGCAGUUCAGAAUUCUCGGAUUUUAGUCCAGUUGCUCCAAAAGGUUAUCUAGCUGACACAGAGAAAAAUGUUUCUCCUAGUAACAUGAGCAGAUACCACUUGGAAUAUGGUGCCAUGCGAAAAGCAUCGAGUAAGUUUGCUGAUCGGGUUAUUCCAAGACCAACUACUCCACCUUUUUAUGUUGUGGACUCCCCUCAAUCAUACACUCCUUAUGGUCAAGUAUUUGCUGAAGGUUCUUUCUCUUUCAAAAUGAAAUUUCUCUGUAGCUUUGGGGGAAGAAUAUUACCUCGGCCAAAUGAUGGGAAACUCCGAUAUGUAGGUGGAGAUACACGGAUUUUAUCUAUUCGUGAAGGCACCAAUUUUGAGGAACUAAUGAAGAAGACAUUUGCAAUUUGCAACCAACAUCACACUAUCAAGUACCAGCUUCCCGGUGAGGAUCUUGAUGCACUCGUAUCUGUUUGUUCCGAUGAGGACCUUCUUCAUAUGAUAGAGGAAUAUCAUGAGCUAGAGAGAACAGAGGGUUCUCAAAGACUGAGGCUCUUCCUUGUACCUUUAACUGAAACAGAGAGCCCAAGUUCUGUCGAGGCAAGGAUUACACAUCCAAUCGGUGCUGACUGCGAAUUUGUUUUCGCUGUUAAUGGUAUGUUAGACCCAAGUCCUCAGAAAAGCUCUAGCGAGCAAACUUUGGCCAGCCAGACUGGAAAUCCAUCAGAUUAUAGUCCAACCUUUCAUAGAGACUCUCCUACCGGUGCAUAUUUUGAGACCAAAGAUUAUAGCCCUAAUUCCUCAAGUGCAGUGGGCACAUUACCUAAACCUGCUCCUCAGUUCUUAUCUACUCUUCAGAUCCCAAAGAAUUCUUUUAAUCAAUCCCCUCCCAUAUCCCCGGUUCCACUUCAACACAGAGAUCCCAAGAGUUCCAACGUGCAGCUUUAUUUGGACCGAUCAUAUUGUGACGGUAAUGCAGGCAUUGCUCCUUAUGGUAUGGAGAAAUAUCCAUGUGACAAUACCUAUUAUCUUGAUGCGGGAAGUUAUAACAAUAAUCUUCAUCACGGGCCUCCAUUGUUAAAUCAUCAUCAUCAUAACCAAUAUUUGGCUGAAACUUAUAGGGCUAAAAAGUCUCACAUUGUGCACUCCCAUAAUCGUAGUUUUAGCGAAACUUUUGUGCCUUCUGCACAGUAUGGCAAAAGUAGUAUGGAAUUUGAGAGACUUGUGAUUCUGGAAAAGGCCCUCCAUUCGGAAAAGUCUCUCUCUCGUCCUGAAGAUAGAGAUGGACUAUCUUCAGGGUCCGGGGAAAGAGAUGCUUCUUACCACAAAAUAAUGCAUGCAGUACUUUCUGACUCUCAGUUGCAGGAACAUGUUCAGAGGUCCACCGAAGGAGAAGUUAUCCCAGUGUCGUCGCUGAAAUACAGACUAGAAAAAUCACCUUCGUUGAAGAUACAAAGGUCCUCGCAAGAACGGCAUGUGCAACAGGAAGUGAUUCUUGAUGGGAAACAUCAAAUUGCUAAACACGGUAAUGAAUUCACAAUCAGGAUACCUGACCAAUGUAAAGAAGAACUAGGUUUGGAGAUGUUGAACCAGACGGACAGGAAUGACACUUGUGCUGAUAAAAAAUGGAAACACUUUGAAGGAAAUGUUGAAGUUACAUCAAAUGAUAUUUUCAUGGAAUUUAAGAAGGAACAAAAUGCGAACUGCCUUCUCAGUGAUUGCUUAGCUAUGAAACAUUCACAAUUCCCUAAAAGUGGGAUUUUUGGUUCAUCAAACCCCGAAACUAAAGGUUCUGAAGAUACUACAGGCCCCCAAGGCUAUGGAUUUGACACAACUUCUCAGUUUUCUCUUAGGAGCCAAAAUUGUACUAGAGAUCAGCGGUGUGCUACAGUUGAGACAGUAAGCAGUCAAACAGUUUCUCAUCAGUCACGUGAACUAUUACCUGUUGCAUCUCAGGAGUUCUUAGUCUCAACAUCAUCUAAAUUGGCUACAACUGCUGCACCAGACAGAGAAUUUUCUCUCCAUGAUAAGGAGUCAAUAAAUUAUCCUGAGUAUUUUGUUGAAAGCAUAUAUCUCAGCAGACAGUCUUCUGAAGUAACCAACUGUGAAGGUGUUAUCCCUGCCCAAUCACAGCCACUGGAUAAUCGGUAUGACAACAAGGUGACGGACUCAGUGAUUAUUGUAGAAGACUUGACUAAUAAUACACCACCCGGUGUCCCUACCUCCAAAGUGGUCUAUAACGUCUCACAUAUAGAAGAUGAGGCCAGUGAUGAUUGUUCAUCAACUGGAGAAACAGAGACCGGAAGUUCAGCUACAACAUCUCAUAACAAGGCUGAGACAGCUGACAGAAGUCAUAGGCAUGACACUAUUAGCGAUGUUGCAAUAGCCGAAAUGGAAGCAGGCAUCUAUGGUUUGCAGAUCAUAAAGAAUGAUGAUCUCGAAGAACUGCAAGAGUUAGGAUCUGGUACAUAUGGAACUGUCUAUCAUGGAAAGUGGAGAGGAACAGAUGUUGCAAUUAAGAGGAUAAAAAAGAGUUGUUUCUCCGGCAGAUCAUCAGAGCAAGAUCGACUGACUAAGGACUUCUGGAGAGAGGCAAAGAUUCUGUCAACCCUUCACCAUCCCAAUGUUGUAGCAUUCUAUGGCGUGGUGCCUGAUGGGCCUGAGGGGACGUUAGCAACUGUAGCUGAAUUCAUGGUGAAUGGGUCGUUGAGGCAUGUCCUAAUAAGGAAAGAUAGAGUGCUUGACCGUCAAAAGAGGCUCAUAAUCUUAAUGGACACAGCUUUUGGCAUGGAGUAUUUGCAUUUGAAAAAUAUUGUUCACUUUGAUUUGAAGUGUGACAAUUUACUAGUUAAUUUGAGGGAUCCCGAACGGCCCAUAUGCAAGGUUGGAGAUUUUGGUUUGUCAAGAAUUAAGCGCAACACACUAGUAUCUGGUGGUGUUAGAGGAACCCUUCCGUGGAUGGCACCAGAACUAUUAAAUGGUAGCAGUAACCGGGUCUCUGAGAAGGUUGAUGUCUUCUCAUUUGGUAUUGUAAUGUGGGAGAUCCUGACUGGGGAGGAACCGUACGCUAACAUGCACUGUGGUGCUAUCAUAGGGGGAAUUGUAAGUAACACACUGAGGCCUUCUAUUCCAAAGCGUUGUGAUUCUGAAUGGAAAAAACUAAUGGAACAGUGCUGGUCGGCGGAUCCUGCUGAUCGUCCAUCAUUCACAGAGAUAACACAUAGGCUGCGUGACAUGUCAAUGGCACUCCAGAAAAAGCGGCCCAGUCUUGCAAGUAGAUGA